AUGUAUGUGAAAUUAACGGCUUUAUUCUUUGUUGCUGCCUUUACCACCGUUAUCUCUCAGGCCCAUUCCUAUGAAGACAACCGCUGCAAAUGCGUGUGUCCGAGCCCUGCUGCCGUUCUCAAUGACACCGCUGGAGCUGACCGGAGUCCUUUCAUGAAAUCUGCUAAUGUGCCACCCAAUAAAUGCAACUGCGAGGUGGUAAUCCUUCCCUUCAUGACUGACCAACUCAAAGACAGACAGCAAGAGUUUUGUCCGCGAUGUGAAUGCAAGUACGAGAAUAGGAACACCACAAUUAUCAAGGUAGUGGUGAUCAUAGUUAUCUGGGUGAUAAUGCUCCUGGUGGUCUACAUGGGCUUCCUGAUCUGCCUGGACCCUCUGAUCAACAAGCGUGCGAAGGCCUCCUACCAAGAGCACACCAAUGAAGAUGAUGAGAGUACGCUCGGUGGCCCGUCUCAGCAGCUCGGCGCCCGCGGUAACGUGCUGAACCGCGUCACCCAUCAGCAGGACAGGACGCCCACAGGCCAGGUGGAGUGA